AUGGGAAUGCAAUUCGCUGAAGAGCUCAACAUCCGCUAUCUCGAGGCGUAUGGUGAUUCCCAACUGAUCGUAAACCAAGUCCGAGGGGAAUACGAGGUACGAAAUGAGGAUUUAAUCCCGUACUACUCGGCUGUCCUAGAGCAAGCUCGGAAAUUCGAAGGCUUCUUUAUCGGAUAUAUCCCUCGGGCUCAAAACACCUAUGCAGAUGCUUUGGCUUCACUGGCAACUUCAUUAGCAUUGCCACCAGGGGCCGAAACAAUAAUUCCGGUCACGGGACGCGAGUUGUAUUACUCUAAACUUCCUACAGGAGAUCGUUCGGACGAAGCCACGUCAGAAGAAGCUUGUGCCACCACAAUAGAGUUUGAACCUAGAGAUUGGAGAUUCCCGUACAUUGAUUAUGUCGUGUAUGGAAAUUUGCCCGACGAUUCUAAGGAAGCGGCCGCAAUCAAACGAAAGGCCCUCCGAUUCUAUUAUGAUGCAGUUUCUCAAACCCUGUAUCGUAAGUCACACGAUGGAGUUUUGCUUCAAUGUCUUUCUAGAAAGGAAGCAAAAGAGGCUAUUAAGGAGGCUCACGACGGAAUAUGCGGAGCUCAUCAACCCGGGACCAAACUGGGAGAUCGCCUCCGACGAAUUGGUUAUUAUUAG